AUGCUUGGGUUGGGCAGAUUCGUCAGCUCAUCCUUGAACGGAAUAAGGGCUUCUCAGCUCCCGUGUGCUCCAUCUUCCUUGAUUACCAGAAGAUUCAAGCACGAAUAUGCCCCCAGAUACAAGAACCUUUUCAAGGCGUUCAAGGGCAGAGUCACUGUCAGAACUGGAGGCUCUGUCAAGGGUAACUCGCUUGAAAGCGGUACCUACGGUCUUAGACUUAAAUCUAACGGUGUGAGAAUGGCUGCCAUCCAGCUUAAGGAAGCAGACAAGGUUAUCCAGAGACAGCUCAGAGGCACUGGAGCUAAAUACAUCACCAGAUUCACCUGUAACACUCCCGUGUGUGUCAAGGGUAACCAGACCAGAAUGGGUAAAGGUAAAGGUGGCUUUGACCACUGGGCCGUCAGAGUUCCAACGGGUAAAAUCUUGUUUGAGAUUGUUGGGAAAGUCCACGACAAGGUCGCCAGAGAGGCCUUGCGUAAAGCUGGUGAGAAGUUGCCAGGUAUCAUGGAGAUUGUUGACACGCUGUCCAAGAUCCGUGUGAGUCCCACGUCGUUGGUGGAGAAGCCUGAGCCAGUGAACUGGUUGGAAAAGAUCAAGCAGAACCCUACCAAGAAGUGGACCAACAUCGAGAAGUCCAAGUUGCCCGACUACCGUCUUUACAGAAACCGUUAA